AUCAUUUUGACCAAAGCAUGGAACCUGUGCUAGAGCUACCAAAGGCCUUGGAAGAGAAAGCGGACUCACCAGGUGAUCACGGAAGCCAGGAUCCCACCUUUCUCAAAGGAGGCAACGGGGCAGCUGUCCAAGGGCAGCCUUCACCCUGUGGCGAAGAGCCUCCGUGCCAGCAGCUCUCCUUCCGACAGGAGACCCUGGACCAGCAGGUCUUGGAGUACAUGGAGGUGGCUCUUUUCCUGAGCCCAGAAGAACAGCAGAGGCGAUGGCUUGCUAUUCUGACCACUUUUCUGAAGGCCUGUGAGCAGUCAGAUGGCAGCAUCAAUUUUCCAAAUAUCCAGCUUUUAGCAAGUGAAACUUCGAGUUUUCUGGUGAAAGAAAUCAAGAAGAAAAUGAAUGGAAACUCAGUAGAAGACGCUCGACUGCUUGUGUGGCAAUUUCUGCAGUGGAAGGGAGAGCUGGAUUCUGAUGGUUACCUGCUGCUAAAAUCAAUCUACUCUCUUUCACUCUACACCUCGGUAAGAGAAAGACUUAAAGAAUUUAAGGAUGUGUAUUUUCAACAACAUAGUCCCUGUGGGCUUUCUUACUGCUGGCAAAAUGGAGGAUUAUGUUUGAAACAAGAGACCUGCUUCAUCUUAUGGGCAUCGAUGCUCCAAGAGUGA